GCAAGCUUUGUUUUCUCGGGGGCCCUUCCCUCCUUCCCUUUGGGCGUAGAGAGAAGCACGAGGGAGCGGUGACUGUGAGAGGGAUAAACUGUUCCCACCACCACCACCACCACCACCACUGCGCCCACUCUCCAGUCCCCAGUUCCUUCCUCCACCCGCUCCCCACUCCGCAUCCCUCCCUUUCUUCCCUCCCCCGCCUUUCCCUUCCGCCGUCCGGUCAGGCGGCGCCGGCCGGCCUCGGAUCCGCCCCGCCGCGGGGGAUGAUGGGCUUCGACGGCGGCAUUGGCGAUCAGAGUGAGAUGUGGGACUGGCAGAGUCAAGAGUUCGAUUUGCAGAAGGAUCUGUUACCAGUUCCAUCUACCUCCCUGUGGGCUGAAGCAAACCACAGUGAGGUUGAUUCUUGGAGCCUGUUCGAUGAGCAAACCCCAAUUAAAGAAUGUACAGACAUAGAUUUACCCUUCUGUGAUAUAGGAGAUAUUAUUAUCAAGGACUUUGAUGAAGGAAAGGAAACCUUACAAGCUAAACGAAGGCGUAUGCUGCAGUUCUGUCCAGACAAUGCUGAGAUGGAUUGUUGUUCUCUGACGGAUGGGCUCUUGGAAAAUCUGCAAGUGGAUUUGGAUUUCUCUAGUGACGAGCAUUUGUUACAGUGUGAUGGGACAGAGGAAAUACCUGAACAAUGGCUGGUUGAUUGCUCACAAGACAGUGAGAAUCGUUCGCCGCCGGAAGAAGUGAAAAGCCCUAGUGCUGCUGUGGAAGCCAAUAUCUCUGCUCUUCAGAAUUCGUUAAUCGAGCUUGAGGAGCAGCCUAUCACGAAAGUUGAGAAGAAACCUCCGCAAGCUAAACCUACACCUCUGAAAGCUGGAAGAAGCGUCAUCAGAGCAAAGAAGCUGAAAGUGGCAUCGGUGGCCUACCCAUUCGAGCUCAUCAAGCCGUGCGGGUUCCGCGGCGACACCACCCUGAGGGACAUAAACCGGAAGAUCCUCGCUCCUCCCUCGUACAGGAUCAAGCACAAGAUCGACGAGGCGUCCGCCCCGUACCAGGAGGCCUCGGCCAUCUCCGGGAAGCCGGUGGUCCACAAGACAAAGAUCCACACCGAAGGGGGGAAAGGCAGCAUCACCAUCACAAGAACGAGAGGCUGACGAAGCUCGUUCAUAUUACCGCCGUGCUAGCUUUAGGCGUCUAGACGAUUUUUGUGGCCAAAGAAGUGUGUAUGGGUUGGCUGGGUUGGUUGUUCUUGCUGCAAUAUUUGACCUCUGGUGGAUUGUUAGGGUUGGUUGACUGGUAGAGCAGGCCUAGAAGUGUGUCUCUGUGUGUAGGCAGUGGGUUUGGAUAGUGUGUGUUUUCAUGUUGGUCCAAAGGUGGAAAAAGUUGAUGUGAUAAUCAGGUUAAUAUGGACAUGUGUGUAGUAGUUUGGUGAGAUCAAAUUAUAUAUUUUGCAGUACCUAUC